AUGGCGCUCUUCCCGUCCUCGCAAGCUUUUACUAUGCUGUUCUACCCUUCCGCACCAAGAACACACUCGGUCGUUUCUACUGCGCGAUCGGCGGCCCGAGCUGUUAGCGAUCCGAAAGACGGACCGAUAAAGCAACUGUUGAACUCGACUUCCUUCUCCCGCGUAGACGUGCGUGCCCAGUCCUCAGAUAACACUCCCCGUCUUCGUAAACCCACUCGAAAGGGUUCUCUAGCAUCGUUGCGAGAGCGUUUCACACCUAUGAUGGUCAAACUUCGCGAGAGAACCUAUAUCCCGAACGCGAUCUGA